CAAAACAUUGUCCUAAGAGUACAACAAGACGGCCGUUCUGCUCGGGCCCUACCCUGCUUCGUUCUUGAUGCGAGCCUGCGAUGUAGAGGAAAGUCUACUACGAGACUCCUAAUGUCAACGAUGAGUCCCACUAAAAGAAAGACAUUCGUGGCGGACUCGUCCGACGAGGAUGACAGCUUCAAGUGUCGGCGCAGUUCUCUAAGAGUCAACCUGAGUUACAGCGAAGAUCUAUCGGAUUCCGGCAACGGGUCCCUCUGGAAGACCGAGAUCGAGAACGAGGGAGCAGCGGACGAUGUGCGGACUGUCGGACGAUUGUCGAGAGGCAGGAACAGCUACGAGAAGAGUCGUCGAUCUGAUCCUGACGAUAGAUACGGGCGAGCCGAACGUGAUACAAAGAAGCGUGUUGUAGACAAGAAAAUGCCCGCUCGGAUCAAAGGUGCACAGGUGAAACGUCUCACGAUCAAUCUGGAGGAUAUAAGCAUCAAGGAGCGCAAUCUCGAAACGAGUUGCAAGCGUUUGAAAGACGCGAUUCUAUGCAAGACUAAACAGAUAUUUGACAGGGAAAACGAGCUCUCCGUAAAAACCUCAAUGGUACUGGGAAGUGGAGAAAACUCUGCAGCCGGUCCAAAUGUUGGGAACGAAACGGUUACGCUGGACGUAACUGAUCGACAGAGGAAGGAUCGGCGCUCCGACAUUGUCGCUACACCGACGACGAGCGAAGGAUGGAGGAGUCUCGAGAAAAUCGUGGAUAAAUCCAGAUUAACUCAAAGACGACUGUUCGCUGAGAGAGACAGGCGGGCGGAAGAGCAACCGAAAUGUAGAAUAGUCGAGAAUGUUGUUCUGAAGAACUUGCCACUUUUGCAAAGGCAGGUGGGUCACGGCGACAGCCCUAUACUAAGCGGCAGCAACAGAAGACUCAGCUUGCACAGAGCACGACCCCAGUUGCAUUCGCAGAAACAGCUCGAGAGCCCCGACAACACGCGUUCGACUGUACACUCGGUUCAGAAUACAGACAACAUAGGGGUGCCCGUUGUUUGCUCCACUUUCAUCGAGGACAGUGCAACGGCUGACAAGGGAAUUAACAAGGACUUGUCCCGCGCCACGUACACAACGAACAAAGUAAUAUCAAUGGAGAUGACGGAAGUUCAUGGCGGUAUUGAGGAACACGGUUCUUACUCGCCGAGUAGAAAUUCAGAUGCAAAUAAUUGUAGCGAGAGCAGAAAGAGAUCCAAAGAAAGUAGUAUAGAGCGGGACGAAAAUGCAUCCGGCCUGGAGGACGUUGAGUGCCCUGCAAACAAAAUUACUGUACGAAACAACACCGCGCGUGCCGACUUGCCCCGCGCAGGUGACGCAAGUCGGGACGUAGCAAGUGUCCACGUGGAUACAGUUGUAUCUAUGCAGGCGCCCACUGAACACGACGGUAAGACUAAAUAUCGAAACGAAAGACGCCGUACGAUAUUUCUGUCUGAUAGCAGCGACACGGCUCGCUCAUCUUUAAAUGUGAACACUUCGUUGGACGGAAGGAGUGGCGCCAACCAAGAUUUCGAAGUAGUGAUCCACGAUAAGAAGUCAACAGUUUCGAAUAAUCAACACGAAGAUGCAAAUACCAUUCGAACGUCAUUGCAGGUAAAUACGUCGGUAGACUCCAUGCGCAAAACAUGGCAAGGAAGAAGCGACGAGGAUCAAAAUCGCUCAAGCAUAGAUACAAAACGUUCAUCGGUGGCAAAGAAUAAAGAAACGAAUGACGAGGAUAAAAAUCGUUCAAGCGUAGAUACAAAACGUUCAUCGGUGACAAAGAAUAAAGAAACGAGUGAUAUAGACUCUCUCGAAAACAUUAGUUUAAUGGAGAGAAUGAGAAAUAUCUCAAUAAGAAAGCAGGUUCCCGGUAACGAUCAGUCGAAUGUUUCUAAAAUGAGAAAUAAAAGGCGCUCGAGUAACAGCGGAGGUAGCUACAGCUACGUCGAGGGAACACCGUAUCCGAUAAGUCGCUCGGUUUUGUUCAGAUCACAACUAAAACAUGCGACGCAGCAUAUAGAUAACGCGGCAACUUGUAACAGCGACAUAAAUUCGGAUAACGAGGAGGAGAAUGAUGAGACCAAGUCAGUUGCUCUGCAUUCGAAAGUUUCAAAUGAAAUGCAUACGUCGACUGGGACGCAAGAGACAAUGAAGACUACCGUUGCUACAGAAAACAUACCUAGCUGCGAUCCAUUUGUUUUAUUAACUCCAUUAACGAUCGUAAAAGAUAUGCUCGGGACAAGGCCUGAAACGGACGAGAGGAAUGCAGCUGUACACAAUGCGGAAUGUAUCCCGGCCAAAAAGGGCAAAAGACGAUUAUUGCCGAUUAACGAAGCUUCUCAAUAUUCAAUUAGCCCGGUAAGCAUUGCAAAGUGUACACCUGAGGAAUCGACGUCUACAAAACGCCACAAAAAGCUGAAGAAGAGGAAGCUGCCGAAAAGGAAGUCGAUGCGUCCCAAAAAUAAUACAAGUAACAUCAAGCAGGAUGUCGCGAGCAACACGUGGUCGGACGACGACUGUGACAUGCCAGAAAAUGAGAAAAAACAGAAUAAGAAAACGCAAAAACCGAGGAAGGUUAUUAGCAAGAAGAUCGUCGUCAAGAAAUUUGCCGACAAAGACGUGUUGAAUGCAUUACAAAGGCAUCGGCAGAAUAGAGAUAAUCAUUUGACGGAGAACGAAGAUUCUCUCGAUGAUUUUGCGAAAUGUCGCACAAUAUCUACUCAACGGCACACGCACAAAUCCCAAAGAAUCGUCAUUGUAACGACUGGAUUGUCACACGGGGACAAGAGUUUGGUGAAGAGCAUCGUCAAGUCCCUUGGCGCGGCAGAGACGGAGCUGAACGUGUCGAGGCGGACGACUCACGUUGUGAGCACGGGCGUGCGCACGGUGAAUCUUCUCCGCGGAAUAAUAAGAGGCUGCUGGCUUGUUACUUUAGAGUGGGUUCUGAAGUCCUUGGAGAACAACGCGUGGCUGGAUCCGGAGACGUUCGAGAUGAAACACUUCUCCAAGGCGGUGCAGGAAAACCGGCAGGACAGGCAACUAUUUGGACCUUCGUACAUCCCAGAAUUAUUCACCACGUGCGGGCUGAUAUAUGUCGAACGCAGGACCACGGUGCCGUGUGACACGCUUAAGGAACUUAUAAGGACAGCGGGCGGACACGUCACCGAGGAUCUCAACCUCGCUAAAAUUACUAUUGGCGCGAGCGGCCUGAAGGAAACCUGGAUUAUCGAUUCUAUCACAACGGGCGAGCUACAAUUGACCAAGCUUUAUCAACGGAAAUGAGGCAGACAGGCGUGAAAUAUUCGAAAUAUAAUAAUAUAUUAUAUUAUAAUAUAAAUUUCAGAUUUAUAUCAUUAUAGUACAAAAGGUGAUUGCUUUAAAAUUAUCGUUUUGUCCGACAGCUCAUAGAGAGAUCAUGCGAACAAUAAAGUAUCUAUACUUUUAUGUCUCAUAUUAGACAUGACAAUCAAGGAGAAAUACAAUUCAGUUAUUACAUUUAGUUCAACAUAGUUUAGCCUUAGAAAUUUAAUUCACAAAGCAAUUAUAUAUAAGAGCGGGAUUUAAAUCCCAUAAGCUAUCGUGUACAAUGUUUCCUUUUGGCGCAUAUUUACUUGCGUCACCGCAAGUCACACAUGUACGUGUACAAAUGUAAGACAUAUAUUUUGUAAUUAUAGUUCUCUCUACGUAA